UAACUCAUUCGUUUUUAGGAGUAUAAACUUGACAUACGAAGCGAUCUUGGCCAGCAUAUGAAUACAGCAGAGCUGGCAUUGCGAACACUGACGCUAAAACCGAGCAGUAAGCGCCGGAGAACGCUGGGCAAGCACUCGGCUCGUCAAACUCCGACUUCAGAUCAUAAAGUUUCGUUCAUUAAAUCACUUGGUCAAGCGACGGAGGGGGAAAUGCCGAUUGAAUUGCUUCAUUUUUAUAAAUAUCUACAGGCGUUUGGUGUACAAGAAGGGUAUCCUCUCAUACAAAACGAUUUGAGAUUUUACAUCGAAGUUUCAAAGUUUCUCGCUUCUUUUCAUGAGCAUCACGACUUGAUCACUUUGAAGAGAAAAAUUAUGAGCAUCCGGGAUUGUUUUAUUGAUUCGCAAAUGCAACCUACCCUACAGAUUGACAUAAAAACUGGCACGGCGGAGAGAUUCCGAAGAGCCGCAGACGCAUUUUGCUGUGAUAAAGGUCGUGAACCACACGUUCCUACUUUAUUCGACGACGCACAACACACUGUGUUUAACGAACUGUUGCCGUUCUGGGCUGGAUUUGUAACUGCAAUGUCACCGAGUGAGCGCGAAGGAAAAAGACCAGUUCUUAAAUCGGAGCGCAUGCACAAGCGUAGACUAGAAGCGUUUUUAAGAAGCACAAGCCCCAAAGUCGAGUUCGACAUCCCGCAUUCGCAACCAAGGUUCGACAUGAAAGGAAUUGAAUUCACUUUUUCAGUCAAUACAGGAAUCCAGUGGAAGGCUUGGAGUGAAGCCUCGUCCAGCAGAUCGAGCACACCACCGCUUACUGGUAUCAUUGAGGUAGUGAAGGCCCCACCAACAUCCCAAAAGAGAAUUGUUCGAAGGUCGGGAUUUACAAUCCGUAAGCUACGCACAAGUCAUGCAGACAACAUCACCGGAAUCAACACGACACAUCAACAGCGGACAAAUACUGUGAAACAAACAAAUGAAACCCCAAAAGAAAAGGCACGGCUGCCCCCGAAACAUGUUCCCGUUGCACAACCACCAUCAGUGAGCUAUACAACAUCGGUGUGCUGAAGAGACAAUCGUACAUGCAACAUACUGAUAAUGAACGUUUUAUAUUUGCGCCCUUACCUAUAAAGCUAUCAUAUGAUUCUAAGUUCCUGAAAAGUAACUAUAGACAGCAAUGCGU